AGCGGUUACGGUUCUACUCAAUUGGCAGAUCAACAGAUCGAUCUUCGCGGCUUCUAUUUGCGCCUUUGUCUAAGUCUGGCCGUAUCUAGUUUAACCAGUUACUCCAGCCAUAUACGCAACCUUGGGCGUUCGAUACUGUCUCGUUAUCGAAUGCUUCUGGAUAUUUGGCCUGAAAUCAUUUCAGCUCCUAAAUCAAACUCAGCUCUUUCAAAAGGAGGUACUGAACACUUAAAAUCCGGCAUCAAAUGUACGAUGGAGGAAAGAAGGCUGAUAAACCUUUUUCCUGAACGCACAAUGGUGGGUUUGGUUUUUCUUGACUUUUCGCCUAUAUACUUUUGA